CUGACAGCUCAAUAUUCCAAGUGUCUGUGGCCAGCCCUAGUGGAAGACGCACAGAGGGCUGGAUGUACAGGUCUAACACGUGGAGCAGAGAUCUGGACCAGACACAGGCCUAUGAGUUGCCAGCCUGUGGAAGAGGGCACUGGAGGAGGCUAAGAGGGACCAUCCCACUAAUGAACCACACAGUCAGAAUCUCAUUUAGAUCCACAGACCAGCAUGGCUGCCACUGCUGCUGUCAGUCCCAGUGACUACCUGCAGCCUGCUGCCUCCACCACACAGGACUCCCAGCCAUCUCCCUUAGCCCUGCUUGCUGCAACAUGUAGCAAAAUUGGCCCUCCAGCAGUUGAAGCUGCUGUGACACCUCCUGCUCCCCCACAGCCCACACCGCGGAAACUUGUCCCUAUCAAACCUGCCCCUCUCCCUCUCAGCCCCGGCAAGAAUAGCUUUGGAAUCUUGUCCUCCAAAGGAAAUGUACUUCAGAUUCAGGGGUCACAACUGAGCGCCUCCUAUCCUGGAGGGCAGCUGGUGUUUGCUAUCCAGAAUCCCACCAUGAUCAACAAAGGGACCCGAUCAAAUGCCAAUAUCCAGUACCAGGCAGUCCCUCAGAUUCAGGCAAGCAGUUCCCAAACCAUCCAAGUACAGCCCAAUCUCACCAACCAGAUCCAGAUCAUCCCUGGCACCAACCAAGCCAUCAUCACCCCCUCACCGUCCAGUCACAAGCCUGUCCCCAUCAAGCCAGCCCCCAUCCAGAAGUCAAGUACGACCACCACCCCCGUGCAGAGUGGGGCCAAUGUGGUGAAGUUGACAGGUGGGGGCGGCAAUGUGACGCUCACUCUGCCUGUCAACAACCUCGUGAACGCCAGUGACACCGGGGCCCCCACUCAGCUCCUCACUGAAAGCCCCCCAACCCCACUGUCUAAGACUAACAAGAAAGCAAGGAAGAAGAGCCUUCCUGCCUCCCAGCCUCCUGUGGCUGUGGCUGAGCAGGUGGAGACGGUGCUGAUCGAGACCACCGCGGACAACAUCAUCCAAGCAGGAAAUAACCUGCUCAUUGUUCAGAGCCCUGGGGGGGGCCAGCCAGCUGUGGUCCAGCAGGUCCAGGUGGUGCCCCCCAAGGCCGAGCAGCAGCAGGUGGUGCAGAUCCCCCAGCAGGCUCUGCGGGUGGUGCAGGCGGCAUCUGCCACCCUCCCCACUGUCCCCCAGAAGCCCUCCCAGAACUUUCAGAUCCAGGCAGCUGAGCCGACACCUACUCAGGUCUACAUCCGCACGCCUUCCGGUGAGGUGCAGACAGUCCUUGUCCAGGACAGCCCCCCAGCAACAGCUGCAGCCACCUCUAACACCACCUGUAGCAGCCCUGCAUCCCGUGCUCCCCAUCUGAGUGGGACCAGCAAAAAGCACUCAGCUGCAAUUCUCCGAAAAGAGCGUCCCCUGCCAAAGAUUGCCCCCGCCGGGAGCAUCAUCAGCCUGAAUGCAGCCCAGUUGGCGGCAGCUGCCCAGGCAAUGCAGACCAUCAACAUCAAUGGUGUCCAGGUCCAGGGCGUGCCUGUCACUAUCACCAACACAGGCGGGCAGCAGCAGCUGACAGUGCAGAAUGUUUCUGGGAACAACCUGACCAUCAGUGGGCUGAGCCCCACCCAGAUCCAGCUGCAAAUGGAACAAGCCCUGGCCGGAGAGACCCAGCCUGGGGAGAAGCGGCGCCGCAUGGCCUGCACAUGUCCCAACUGCAAGGAUGGGGAGAAGAGGUCUGGAGAGCAGGGCAAGAAGAAGCACGUGUGCCACAUCCCCGACUGUGGCAAGACGUUCCGUAAGACGUCCUUGCUGCGUGCCCACGUGCGCCUGCACACUGGCGAGCGGCCCUUUGUCUGCAACUGGUUCUUCUGUGGGAAGAGGUUCACACGGAGUGACGAGCUCCAGCGGCACGCUCGCACCCACACAGGGGACAAACGCUUCGAGUGCGCCCAGUGUCAGAAGCGCUUCAUGAGGAGUGACCACCUCACCAAGCAUUACAAGACCCACCUGGUCACGAAGAACUUGUAAGGCCAACUGCGGCGGGAGGCCCUGAAGAUGCAAUCCCCCGCCUGUGUCCUCCCUGGGCCCCUGGUGGAAAGGAGCCCUGUGGCUGCCCUGGGCCUGCCCUCAGCCCCACUCCUGUUCUGCAACUGUCCCCACAGGAAGGGGCUCUGCUCCCUGUCCUCCUUCUGAAGCCCCUUGGCUCCGCCUUGGCCCUUCCCCUCACCACGAGCUCCCGGCCUGCCCAGACUGUGGACACUGGCCGUGCCCAAUGAGACGUUCUAAACCAGGACGCGUGGGAACCCUUAUUUCCAAAGGAAAAACAUGCAUUUCACUCCGUCGAGGAGCAAAGUGAGCCCCCACCCCCCACCCCAAUCCCCGCUCCCAACACUGCCGGAGUCGCAUCGUGCCAUGCCCACUCUCCUGCACCUCCCUGGCCCUGCCGGCCACUGUGGACGCCCUGGGGCUUGGCACCCACCUCUGGAGAGACUCGGGGCCACCUCCACUCCAUGUGCCCAGCCCCGCCACAACCUCUCCUCCAGCACAUUCCAGCUCUGUUUAAAAAGUAAAGACACCCACCGACUCCUCCUGAUCCCCCUCUUUUUCUAUGGAGAACGUUGCCUUAUACUCUCUACUUCAGAUGAUGAACACUGUGUACUGUGUGUGCUUUAAAGAAGUUUUAUUUAAUUGCUCCCUUCUUCCUUUCCUUGUUAUUCACCUCCCCAAUGCCUGCUUUCAGUUGAGGGUUGGGGGCAAUGAUGAGCAUAUGAAUUUUUUUCUCACUCUAGCAAUUCCCUUUUCUAAAUGACACAGCAUUUAAACUCAAAUCUGGAUUCAAAUAACAGCACCUGCCCAUCCUGCACCUCUUCCCUCUCCCUUCACCUCACCCCUGCCCGGCCCAAGCUCUACUUGUGUACAGUGUAUAUUGUAUAAUAGACAAUUGUGUCUACUACAUGUUUAAAAACAUAUUGCUUGUUAUUUUUGAGGCUUUUAAAUUAAACAAAAAUCCAACUUUAUUUUUAGUUGUAACUGCUUGAGGUAUGUUUUAUGAAUUAAGUGACAGAUUUGUUAUCCUUUAUUAACGUACUUUGUUGGUCAGCGCUGGGCUGACAAAAAUUUUUUCUUGCUAAUAAAUUUAGUUGCCUGAGGCAAAAUCUUCAACUUGGCAGUUCGGCUUCCUUUGUCUUUUCCCUUGGAGAGCUCGGAGAGGAGACUCCAGAGGAGGGAGCUGUGGUCUCUCAGAGCGAUCCACACUGGGAUCAAGAGCUAAUAGGAACUCAGGGGUUGCGAUGUUGUGCAGAUUAAGAUUGGAGCUAGCUCAGUACAUGUGUUUAAGCCCCACAGGGCCCCGAAGAGCAUCCGGCCUGAAGAGACAGGCAAGUCCGCCUCAAGCAUGUAGAGGACAGCAUGUGCUUUCACUCACCCUCGAAGGACACAGCUGGGAUUGCUGUUCUGUUCAGGAGUGGUGAGGCUCGUUUUGAGCUAUCCAUUCCCCUGCUCUGUUCCCUUUGUCACCAGCCACCUGUGUCUGCCAGCAAACAGCUUUUCCUUAGAGCCAGUCAACCCUCAAACGGCUGAAAAAGUAAAAAGCCCACGGAUCUCAGAUAGAUCCAAGUUCUCUGCCCUUCACCUCUUCUUUGUUAACAAGCAGGGGGCCUUUCCUAUCCCUACUGAAGCCAUUUGGGCAAUACUAGACCACCAGCGGAAUCUACCUUGACACAGAAGCGUCUUCCUCAGCCCCUCAGCCCUGCAUCUCAUCACUGCACUGGCAGCAGGGGGACAUGAGGUGUAUUUAUUCCUCAUGGGUGGACUGGAUGACUAGAAAACUGCCUUGCUGUGUUCUGAAUAAGGGGAUUGGUGGAGAGAAGGGGAAUAUUAACAAAGUGACCUCUUUCUGCCACAUGUUUCCCUUGGCUUUGCUCUCAGGCACAAAGAAUGAUCCUUUCCUGGGAGCUGAUUCCAAGCCAUGUGCUUUAUGCUUCCAGUACAGAAACUGACCUGACUUCCCAGCAUCAUUUGGAAAUGAAGAUGCCAGCCCCCAGCUGGGCAGGACGAGCAUGUCCCGUGUAGGAUUUGCCUUCUCCAGUGAGAUGGGGGUUCAAAAGUUAUAUCUGAUCAUCUCUGCCUCCCUUGGGAUGGCUGAGUUAAGAGCGAGAGAAUGUAUUCUGCCUAGCUGAGUGAUGGCACGAGGAAAGCACAGAAAGACUUGUGGGCAAAUUAACCCUCCUCAGGCUUUAACCUAUCCAUUAUUUGAGAGUUGCAGGGGAACUGUUGAAGGUGUGAUGUGGUCUAAGCUCACUCUGGGCAAGAGGCUCCCACAGACACCUGAUCCUGAUGGGCCCUUGAUGAAAAUCUGGGUGCAGCUCAAGGGUGGGGGUCCCUCAUGUGUGGUUCCUUCUCUGUCCUCUACCAUCCCCAGCGUCAUGUCCACCAAAGCCUAUCCCUCAUGCCCCUCCUGUCUGUCCAGCUGAGACUUGACAUUGCGCUCAUUAUCCCAGAGACCAGGAUUCCAUGCCUGGAAGAAAGGGGGACUGGGCAGGAUUUCCCUCCCAAAGGCAAAUUCAGACAUUAUAUAUACUUCAUUUUUUUUUCCUUUAACCAAACCAGCAAAUGGGUCAUCCUUGCCCUUCCUUCAAACCACCCAGUCCAUUUUCACAAUCAUCUUUCUGGCCGGGCACGGUGGCUCAUGCCUGUAAUCCCAGCACUUUGGGAGGCUGAGGCAGGUGGAUCACUUGAGGUCAGGAGUUCAAAACCAGCCUGGCCAACAUAGCAAAACCCUGUCUCUACUAAAAAAUAUAAUAAUUAGCCGGGCAUGGUGGCGCAUGCCUGUAGUCCCAGCUACUCGGGAGGCUGAGGCAGGCAGGAGAAUUGCUUGAACCCAGGAGGCAGAGGUUGCAGUGAGCCGAGAUUGUGCCACUGCACUCCAGCCUGGGUGACAGAGCAAGACUCUGUCUCAAAAAAAAAAAAAAGAAAGAAAAUAAUCAUCUUUCCAGUACCCUUUUGAGGCCCCAUGCUUGUCUGAUGACAGUGCUGAAGUUAUAGCCCGCCACACAUGACAUAUUUUGAGGAAGACAGGAUGGAGCAAGAGAAGGGUUCAGACCUAGCCCCAAGCCCAGGGUGGGUGUGUAGGAGCCCUAAGCGAAUGGAUGCAAGCUGUCCUGGUCUGAGUGCAGAGAAUGGGGUGUUCGGGUUCUCCAUUUGAGAACCACUGCCCAAACCUGAGACCCCUUUAAGGUUGCCCCUUAAAGUUUCCACACCCAGAAAUUGGGCCAAAAAAGUUAAGCUGUUGGUUAUUUCAAUUCUGAAUAAAAAUGAAGGCAUCUCUGCCUCCUAA